AUGGCAGGAGCGCCUACGGAUUGGCAGCUGGGAUGCGUUGAAGUCAAGCAAAGGGGUGCUUACCUACUGCAAUCGGGGCAAUGGUCCGAUUGCACCUUUUUAGUAGGUGCUGAACCCCAUCAGGUAGUCAUUGCUGGUCAUAAGUUGAUUCUAGCGAUGGCGUCACCUGUAUUUGAGGCUAUGUUUUAUGGCGGAAUGGCAGAAAGAAAUGAUCCCAUUCGUAUACUAGACGUGCAACCAGAGGCCUUUAAGGCUCUGUUAGAGUAUAUUUACACAGAUAAUAUUAACAUAAGUUCUUUUGACAAAGCUUGUGAGUUAUGCUAUGGAGCCAAGAAGUACAUGUUGCCACAUUUAGUAAAGGAAUGUACAAGGUAUCUUUGGUCAGACUUAUAUCCACGAAAUGCUUGCCGUGCGUACGAGUUUGCUCGGUUGUUUGAGGAGAACGUACUUAUGGAUAAGUGUAUACAGAUAAUCAGUAUGAACACCAAAGAGGUACUUAACGACAGUAGUUUUGAAGAUGUUGAGUUAAACACUGUCAUCACAGUGUUCUCUCUUGAUCAUUUAAAUAUUGACAGUGAACUGGAUUUAUUUGAAGCUGUUGUACGGUAUUCUAAAGCACAGGAUAAGAGGACUAAUGAAAGAAGCUCGAGUCCGCCUUCAGAGAACGGACCGCCCACUGAAAAGCGAUCUAAGAGUCCAGGACCUUCAACUUCUAAGGACAAAGUCGCUCAGUUACAAGUGGUCAAUGUCGAGAGCAGUGCCGAAAAUAGCCCCGAAGCUGUUGUAGAAGCUCAAAAAGUGGGUGAUGUACCUGAACAACCAACAUCUGGAUCCUCAGACGAAGUUAACAAAAAGCCUGAUGCCAAAGACAAACCAAAAAUCCGAAGUGCCAUAGAAAAAAUCCGCUUCCUCACUCUUACUCCUCAACAAUUUGCUGAUGGUCCAGCUUGCUCCCCUCUGCUGACCGAGUCGGAGGCUUUUGCAGUGCUUAUGAACAUAUUAUCCAGUAACUCCGAUGUGCCCAUGCCGAGGGGCUUCUCCACGUGUAGGGUUCCAAGGAAACAGCUGAUUGGAGAUGGAAAUUCAUCCAAUGUGGCAACCCUGACUGUAGACACGCCGAGCCCUGUAAUGCUGGAGCAGGUGUUCGGUGCACCCGCACAACUGCUGCCCCCUUACCCCAGGCCCUCGCGACACGACGUGGGUGUUCGUAAUUCUUCCAUGGUCCAAGCUCUGAUCAACCCAAGCAUGUCAGGCCUGCCGGAGCACAUGGAGAGGCAUGGUGCUGACUUCAACAAGAUAUACUGCCAGAGAGCCAUCAUACAACACACUGACUGUCUCAACACCAGUGUUCUAGACUGUUCCGUCACUUUUAUGGUUGAUAAAAACAUUUGUUUGCUUGGAGUUCAGGUACCAACACAAGCGCCGUCCGAAGAGGGCGUGUCCUGUGUAGGGGGUGCGGGUGGAGGGGUGGGGGUUGGCGGCUACUGCGAGUUGCUAUACGCGCACCUGCUGGACGCGGACGGGGCUCGCCUCACCUACACGCACUACACCAACAGGGUGCCUUACCGACACCUGCUCGACAUCAUGUUCAACAGGCCCGUCUACAUACAGAGGAACAAGGUAUACAAAGUGGGCAUUGUGUUCAACAAAGUUGGGUGGUACCCGAUGGGCACAUGCGCCCAGCAGGUUGCUGCAGAGUCCGUGUUCUUCAACUUCGGCAUCGGGCAGAGCAGCGACUCAGUACGCGACGGGCUGAUCAGAUCUAUCAUAUUCACUUACUAG